GGGGACUGUGGCUUCCUGCAAGGUCUGAGGUGGCUCCCGUCCCUUCUGGUGCAUCCACAAGAGGGCAGUCUUCCUGCGCUAAGGGACCUCUUCCCUCUCUCCGGGUUGCAGCGUGGACUGCCAGACCCACUGUCUCAUAGACUGCACACAGGGACAUUACUACACAGCUGGCAACUGCUUGGAAUGUCCGACAGGUUUCUAUUGCCCUGGGGGUCAAGCAGCUCCAAGGAAGUGCCCACUGGGAACAGCCAAUGGACUGACUGCUCAGGCAGACGUCACAGCCUGCCAGGUUUGUCCUCGUGGCUAUCUCAGCCUAGAGAGCGGAGCUGGGUGCCGUGCGUGUCCGGAUGGCUAUUCCUGCGAUCCACGUAGUGGUGUGCAGAGGAGCUGCAGUCCUGGUCAGUAUUCGCCAGAGGGAGAGUUGGAGUGUCAGGAAUGUCCAGAGGGAUACAUCUGCCCGGAUGGACGGAGCAGGCAGCGCUGUUUGGCCGGUCAGCAGCCAAACCCAAGCCGCACUCAUUGUGUAACCUGCACUCCUGGUUCCUUCUCAACCGAGGUCGCUCUGCUGUGCCAGCCCUGCCCGGCAGGUCACUUCUGUUCCGAUGGCCUUGCAGUCCCUCCGUGUCCAGCAGGGAGUUUCAAGCCCAAAGAGAGACUUCGCACACCCAGCAGCAGCUCUUCAUGUUUGCCAGGAAUCGGAUUGUGUCUGAAGUGCCCGGCUGGGUAUUUCUGUCCUGCUGGAGCAAGUUUUCCAGUCCCGUGCCAGCCAGGUACAUACAAUCCUCUGCAAGGACAGGACGAAGCCGCUGACUGCAGAGCCUGCCCGGCGGGGAGAGCUUGUACUCAAGCUGGCUUAGCCCAGCCUGACACAGAGUGCUUACCGGGGUACGUGUGCCCAGCAGGGUCAUCCAGCUCUCAUUCUCCCAGCAACGCCUGUCCUCCAGGAACAGUUGGCAAUGACUUCAACCUCUUUGAUAAGUCCCAGUGUGAAACGUGUCCUGCUGGAUUUGUCUGUAUGAGAGGAACUGGUGGGAAGCAGAAGCCUCCCACUCCGUGCCCAGUUGGUCACUACUGCCCACCAGGGACAAAGCACCCGAUGCAGCACAAGUGUGCCCCAGGCACCUGGAGCAACAGGACAAGCCUGACCUCGGAAGAGGAAUGCUUUCCAUGCCCCGCGGGCUGGUUUUGUGUUGGAGGAGCCCGUAGCCCUACUGGGAUGUGCAGCUCAGGGCACUACUGCCCUCAAGGUACACGGAGGGGCACGCAGCACCCCUGUCCUGCAGGAACGUACAGCCCCAAGCUGGGCAGUGGCAGAGUGGGAGAUUGCAUCGCCUGCCCUGCGGGAGCUUUCUGCACCAGUGGGACCUCCAAGCCAGUUCCAUGCCCACUAGGAACCUAUCGCAUGGAAUAUGGUGCAAAAGCGGCUGCAGAUUGCAUCCCUUGUCCUGCGGGGUAUUACUGCCCUGAGCUUGGCACUGUUACUCCUCGAACAUGUGGUGCUGGCAGCUUCUCAGACCAUGGUCAGUCUCUUUGUAUGGGCUGUCCAGAAGGUACAUUUUGCAAUGGGACAGGCCUGGCUGCACCCCAGGAUUGUCCCAAAGGGCAUUUUUGCUUGGCUGGAAGUUCUUUGCCUCUCCCAUGUCCAGUGGGCACUUAUAUGGAUGUGGUCGGAGCAGGUUCAUGCAAGCCCUGCCCAGCAGGCAUGUACUGCAGCGUGGCUGCUCUGCCUGAGCCAGAGGGACAUUGCCAGCCUGGAUACUACUGCAUUCAGGGUUCCAGCAGCUCCUCACCUGUGGGGCUUCCAUUUGGAGAUCUUUGCCCACAAGGGCAUUAUUGCCCUGCUGGCACGAGACACCCAAAAGAGAUGCCAUGCCCUGCUGGCACCUGGAAUGGACAGCGAGGAGCCCAGGAUGCCACAUGGUGCCUGCCUUGUGCCCCUGGGUUUUUCUGCAAUAUGUCUGGCCAAGAUGCUCCUGUAGGACUUUGUGCACAAGGCUAUUACUGCACAGGAAGGACAAAGACUGCAAAACCAGAGGAUGGUAUCACUGGAGAUCUCUGUCCUCGAGGACAUUUCUGCCCUGCAGGCUCAGCAGCACCUUCUCCCUGUCCCAGGGGAGAAUACAGUAAUGCAACAGGUCAAGACAAAUGCUUUCCUUGUCCUGCUGGGUUUCACUGUUCAAAAGGACUAAGACAUCGCUGUCCUCCUGGCUUCUAUUGCCCUCAGAAAACGGGAAGCAGUUUUUAUCCUUGUCCCCCUGGGACUUACAACCCCUCCUAUGGACUCACCCACGCAGACAGGUGUCAGCAGUGCCCUGCAGGAAUGUUCUGUGGAGAAUGGGGAUUAUCCUCUCCAAGUGGUCCCUGCUGGCCAGGAUUCUUCUGCACAGCAGGAGCAAGUGUCCCAAACCCUAAUGGAGCCACAAACACGAGCACUGGUGGCCCAUGCCCACCUGGACACUUCUGCCCCGCUGGCACAAGUAUCCCACAGCAGUGCCCCGUGGGCACUUUCUCAGACAGGCUGUACAACCAGCACAACUCCAGCUGCACAGUGUGUCCGUCUGGCUAUUACUGCAGCUCUGCUGGCCUCACGGCACCCUCAGGACCCUGCUCAGCGGGGUUCUACUGCCUCUCUGGAGCUUCCUCACCAUCGCCGCUUGGUAUGUGGGAGAAAGGAGGCCCUUGUCCUGUGAGCCACUUCUGCCCAGGAGGAACCAGCUUGCCCUUACCCUGCCUUGCAGGGACUUACAACAGUCUCACAAGACAAGCUGCGUGCUUCCCUUGUGCUGCAGGCUACUACUGCCCAGAAAAUACCACCAGCUACAGUACAAAUCCUUGCCCAGCUGGCUUUUACUGCCCCAAAGGAACCAGGUUUGCUACUGAGUUUCCCUGUCCCCGGGGCUACUAUAACCCCGAUCCCAUGACACAGAGCUUGGAUAGCUGCUUGCCCUGUCCACCCGGGCACUACUGCGGGAGGGAGAGCUUGACAGCCGCCUCGGGCAAGUGUGAUGCAGGUUGGUUUUGCAUCUCAGCUGCUUGGACCUCACAGCCUUUUGAUCUGGAUAACUACACCAGUGCCAACUGCCUCUGUCCAGCCACUGCCACUGGAGGGAAGUGCAUAGCUGGUUUCUAUUGCCCUGAAGGAAGCCCAGAGCCUCUUCCUUGCCCUCCAGGCUUUUACUGCAAUUCCUCAGGACUCUCUUCCCCGAGCGGUCGUUGUUUGCCUGGAUAUUACUGCACUUCAAGGGCACGGAUGCCCAGUCCUGUUAAUGAUGAGACAGGCAGCCUCUGCCCAGCAGGCCACUAUUGCCCAGCAGGCAGCGGCAAGCCAGAGCCAUGUCCCACGGGCACCUUUUUACCUCAGUCUGGGAUGGUUUACCGUAACGCCUGUCUGCCUUGCCCUGGGGGCACGUUCUGCCAAGGAGAAGGCCUGUCCAGCGUUUCUGGAACAUGUUACGCUGGGUAUUUCUGUGAUCCUGGAUCCACACAGCCAGAUCAUAAACAUUGUCCCCCUGGCUUUUACUGUCCUGAAGGCUCUGAAUUGCCAGUGCCAUGCAGCCCGGGAAGCUUCAACUCUGACAGCGGAAAAUGGCAUUCAACAGACUGUCAGCGCUGCCCGGCUGGAUUCUUCUGCAGCGGUUCUGGAGCACGUGCUCCUGAGCUGUGCCCUGCUGGGUACUUCUGUCCGCCAGGUACCAACUUCAGUACAGAGCAUCCCUGCCCCAAGGGGACCUUUGGCCCCAGGACUGGUGCUGCUAGUGAGUCAGACUGUGAGCCCUGCCCAGCAGGCAUGUAUUGUGCAGCACCAGGUCUGUCGCAGCCUUCUGGAUUUUGCUAUUCAGGUUAUCAUUGUGCCGAAGGAGCCGUCAGCCCAGCCCCCUUCCAGCACAGGGUGGAAUCUUCCAGCCUUGGUCUGCCUGGCAAUGACAUCUGUCCUGCAGGGCACUUCUGCCCCAGUGGUACUGGGUAUCCUGUGCCGUGUCCUUCUGGAACCUUCUCCACCCUGGUGGGGCUGCAGGCAGAGGAGCAGUGCCAGCCCUGCCCAGCCGGGCGGUAUUGCAGCGGGGCAGGAUUGGCUGAUCUGGCCCAGACAUCACCAUGUAACGCAGGGUAUGUUUGUCUGGAAGGAAACUCUGCUCCCUGCCCUGCUGAUGGGAUUCACGGAUACAGAUGUCCCAGUGGCUUCUACUGUCCUGCGGGCGCUGGGCUGGAGCUGCCGUGUGAGCCGGGCACGUUCAGCCCUGUACCUGGGGCAAGUGUCUGCCUCCCUUGCCCUGCUGGCAUGGUGUGCAGCAGCACGGCCACUGUGCAGCCCUUCAGCUGCCCCAGAGGUUACUAUUGUCCAGUUCGCACUGCUGACCCUCUGCCAUGCCCCGAGGGGACGCUGAACGCCUUGGAGGGGGCAUUGGCCCCCACUGCCUGCAAGCUGUGCCCAGUGGGGAGGUACUGCAGAGGAGAUGCCAACUGGGAACCUGACGGUCUGUGUUCAGCUGGGUACUACUGUGAAGGAGGAGCCACCGAUGCCAUUCCGCAGGGCACACCUGCAUUCCCACUCAGUGGGCCCUGCCCUCGUGGCCAUUAUUGUCCAGAGGGUACUCAUUUCCCAGUUGCCUGCCCAGUUGGGACCCUGAACAAUGGCACAGGUGGUACCUCCCCAGAGAGCUGCGUACCAUGCUAUCCUGGGUCUUUCUGCGCUAGCGUUGGUUUGAGUUCUCCAACAGGACCUUGUACUGAGGGGUUUUACUGCCCAGCAAACUUCAGCUCCGUCAGCCCCACAGCAUUCCUCUGCCCUAAGGGUCACUUCUGCCGGUCAGGGGCAGCCCACCCAACACCCUGCCCUGCCGGGGAAUACCAGCCCGCCAGGGGCUCUGCAUCCUGUGUUCCAUGCCAGAGAGGAUUCUACUGCCAGGAGCUGGUGACAGGAGACCCCAAGCGCUGCCCACCGCAUUCUUACUGUCCUACAGGCACACAGGUUCCUGUCGUGUGUCCUGAAGGCACCUUCACUCCUGCAAACAUGUCCGGCCUCUGGAAUGAGAAGGAAUGCUUGCCUUGCUUACCUGGGCACUACUGCAGGCGUGGGCAGCUGCAGGGCCUGUGUGCUGCUGGGUACUUCUGCCUUGCUGGGAGCUCUCAGUCUACUCCGCAGGGCCACAGCUUCUCCUGGCGCUUCCUCUCUGGGUGCCGCUGGGGUCAGAUGUGCGCAGGGCUGUGUCCUGCAGGCUUUUACUGCCCAGAGGGAUCUGAGGUGCCUACACCAUGUCCUGCCAAUACUAUUAGAGAUGUGCCAGGGGCUGUGACAAGAGAAGAGUGCUUGCCCUGUCCACCAGGCAACUGGUGCAAAGCAGGGGAUCCAGAGGUGUAUCCAUGUCCGCCAGGACACUAUUGCUUCGGAGGCGGUGGCAGUGACAACAGCAGUCUCUUGGCACCUCAGAAAUGCCCUCCACAAACUUACCGCAAGCACCCAGGAGCUCAGAGCCUGACAGAUUGCCAGCCAUGUCCUCCGGGAUAUCGCUGCCCUUUAUCAGGUCUGACCAGGUUUGAGGAUUAUCCAUGUCCCCCUGGAUACUGGUGUCCUGGUAGAGGAGAUGCCUUUCUUUGUCCAGCUGGCACUUCUAGGAUCCAACCUGGUGCAAAAUCACUGCAAGAGUGUGAUCCCUGUUCACCUGGAUACUACUGUCCGGACCCAGCACAGACAGGGCUGCCUAACACCCAAGGAGUACCUUGUAAACCCGGCUAUGAAUGCCCAGCAGGUUCAGUAAAUCCAAAGCCUUGCAGGCCUGGCUUAUACUGUGGUGCUCACACAGCCGUGCCUUCCCUGUGCCCUGCUGGGUAUUACUGUCCUGAAGGGUCGGCAACAUACAACAGUCCUGAGCAGCUGUGUGUGUUUCCCUACUUCUGUCCCCCCGGCAGUGCCCAUCCGCUGCCUUGUGAAGGGGGGUACAUGGCCCUCAGCUUGCCUGGUCCAAGGGAUUCAUUUGAGAAAUUCUGCAGGAUCUGUGGUGCCGGCACCUAUCGCAGUGACUCUCUCAUCACGGCACCCUGCCAGCCCUGCCCAGCCGGCUUCGUCUGCCCACAAGGCAGUGAGAGCUACCACAAGAAGCCUUGUCCUAGUGGCCAUUACUGCCCUCCCCUGACACCUGCCCCUCUGCCCUGUCCCCCCGGGACCCACGGGAGCCGCAGCUUCGCAAAGCACGUCGAGGAUUGCCAGGCCUGUCCUGCCGGCUCCUUCAAUCACCUUCCUGCUCAGACUGCUUGCUUCCCCUGUGGCAGCUCUUCUUCCUCUCAGCCCGGCGCUACCAGCUGUACCUGCCAUGGGCUGAACCGGGCGUUCCAGCAGUCAGACGCCUCCUGCAUCUGCCAGGCAGGUUAUGUGUACUACAACGAGAGAGGCAAGAAAGAUCCUGACAGCAACAGCGAUCAGGACUGCCGACCUCAGGUGGAUGAGCUCUGUGCUCCUGGAGAGGUCCGGUUGGCAUCUACGCGCCAAUGCGUUUUUCCUGAGCGAUAUGACUGUUUUCCUUCUUGUGGGCCUGCGGGUGGAGAGAUCCAUGCAGAGCUGGGCAUAUGUCACUGCAAGCAGUAUGUCUCUGCCGAGGAGCUCUGCGACCAGCUGUGUUUGCUGAGAGCCCCACACAUCUCCUUGGGAUUCGGCAUCAACAGAGAGCUGCUUCUGCGGAUGAACGAGGGAGAAGUGAGGGAGGUGGCAAAUGUUCUGGGCCCAGAUGAACAUGUGCAGAAAAGCCAGCGGGUGCAUUUGGUUCUGUUUAGUCCCAGUGGAGUGCUAGGCUUCAUUGUCUCCAGCACAGAUGUUCUGGAUGCGUUUCUCACAGGAGAUUUUUCAUCAAACCAGCUGCUGCAGAAAGGCCGUCGAGUUCAGAGGACUUCUUCCAAAGAUAGCCAUGCCUUGCCUCUCGUUCCUAACCCAGUAGUAUGUUUGGAAGCAGGAGACACGAUCCUUUUCCAGCUUAGCAUCAAUUCCCAUGAUCGUGCAUCCAGCCAUUACCCUGUUUAUCAGAAGCAGCAUCUAUAUAACAGCAAUCCCAGCUGGGAUUUUGGACCAUUCCGAAGGCUAGACCACCUCAUCCAGGAGACUCACCUCAACAUCUCCUGGUUUGCCCAUGUUUUCCUGGAGUCUGGAACGUAUGUUUUCAGUGAUAGGACCAUUCAGGAACGCUUCCUGAUUGUGACUGUGAAUGAAGCACAUGUGGGCUGUGACCCCAGAAAUGUGUCCUUCCAGCCCUCUUCCCUGUUCCAGCUGGCCAAACAUGGGGUUUUGAAGCAACGGGAUCUUAACCUGGCUCCUAACUGGGCUGCUAUCACAGUGGUGCUCUUUGUUCUGGGCUUCCUAAUUGUGGUGCUGACAACCCUGGCGAUAGUGCUCCAGCCUGCUGUCCCCAUCGUCAGCCCCCUGAAGAACUGGAAGCCACGAUGGAGGAGCCUGGGCGAGCCGCAUAUCCCACCAGAGUACAUCCUCCUUAAAGACAGCCUUCCGUUCUAUCAGAUGGUUGGUCCUCAUGGUUCUGGACAAGAUGCUGACUCUGGAGAGAAAGGAGCCGCGCACAAUGAAGAAGAGCGUUUUGCACUGAGGGUUCUGGAGGAUUUCAGUGUUCGCACCCUGUACGAUAAGCUGGAAGAUCAGAAUUUGCACCUGGCAUCUCAACUGGCAAAGCACAGGAUGGAUGUGUUGGUGUUUUACAAUGGAAUCAGGCAGCAGAUUCAAAGUCUCACGGACAUGGUGCAAGCCCUGGACUCUGAAAGCCUGAAAGCCUUCGCCAGGCAGCGGAUUCGUGGCCAUAAACCUACAGACAGCAGCGAGGCAGCAGCGCGCAUUGAACAACGUGAUGAACGCUGCGUCAACAGCAACAGCUUCCAAGCAGGUGCUUCGUGGCAGGAGGCAACAGAGUUAAUGAAAGCUCUGGAAAUGCUGCUUGAGAAUGCUCUGAACAAGAACGUAGCUGUGAAACGAGCGGUGGAGCAGAAGCUGCAGGGACAGGAUGCGAUGGCAGUUGUACCCUCACUGGACAGUGAAAAUAAACCAGAAGCAGAAGGGCAGGAUCAUGAGCUGCCUCAGCAAUGUGAGCUCUUCAGUGAGAAAGGUGCUUUUUUCAGCUUCCCUGGAAAUGAAGAACACGAUCUCCACUUGGCUUAUCUGACUGAGUUGGAAGGCCUGAUCACAGCUUCCCCCCUUGCCAAGAUGCUAUGUGAGGUCAAGCAAGCUUUGCUGAAUCUGCAACAACCUUCAGACUGUGUUAGUGCAGCCAGCAAACACGAAAGAAGUGUGGGGAGCUCAGCCCUCUUCUGAGCUGCUGGAAUCUUGGGCCACAAAGCGGGAUGAAGCUCUGCUGCUGGAAAUAAAGAGGAGCUGUGUAGCGCAGAGGAUUGAGGAGACAGAAGCAGAACUAUAUCAUCUUCUGCAAAGUAAAACCUGCUCAUUUCCUUGAAGAACUUGGCUUAUCCUUGGCAAUGGCUGAAGGUGGAUUGUGGAAGAGCAUAUGUGUCUGCAGACAGAACUGCAGUGUGUCAGAAUAGAUCUGCAUUUAGUUACAGAUGUACUUGGUCAAAUAUGUAAUGAAUAAUCCAUACCACAUUUGCUUAAUCUGGUUGAAAUACUUUCACACUUGUUUGGAUUAUCAAUAAUUUGUGUGCUUGAGAAGGAAGCUGCGGUUCUUGACAUUGUUUACUAAUUUUAUAGUUUAGGUAGUUAAGUCAGUAAAGCCGAAAACAUGCGAGGCUACGGGUGGCAUAACAGCACCUACUUAUCCAUGCAUUCUGUGUGGCCUUCAUGAUCUCUGAUAGGAAGGAUAUUUGGGAGGGUUUUCGAGUAUAGUUUAGAGCCAUACUUCUAAGCCUUGCCUACCAUCUCUACAUUGCAUUUGCGUGUUUUCAAUACACUUAUGUUGAUCUUGUAAGAUCUGCUGGCAGAGACCUUGAAAGCUCCUAGAGAUGUGAUUUUUGAGCAGAGUACACGUCAAGAAUUGUCUGUGGUGGUAACUGCAGGGAUCAGCGUAGCUGCUGGUGUCCAGUGCUCUGGGAGCCUGAUCUUUAAACUGAAAAUAUCCUUUCCACCAUUCUUAUUCUUUUGGCCUGUCUGUACGAUGCCAAGAGAGCCUGGCUGUGAAGUGUGCAAGAGUGGAAUCAGAACACCUGUUCCAUCUUUCUGCACAAUAUUCCUCCGCUCCAGGAGAAGUGCAGCAAUGUAAAAUUUCUUGCCCGUGAGCCAGCACGGUACCUCGGUAACCCCCACAGGUAGGCUUCAGCCAACUGUUUCCAACAGCAAAGUGUAUUUAUUCUCUUCUCAUCGCAAUAUUUACUGAAUUGCUUAUGAGUGAAGAGGUUUGUGAACCCACUCCUUCCUGGUUCCUAUACACUAAUCUGUGUUUACUUCUGUCUUUGUAUAACCAUAGUGGGUACUGACAGGGUGAGAAUUCGGUGCCCAGGAGACAAGACAGAAGCUCUUAGUUUCGAUUCCACUGGCUGCUGCAUCCAGAGGAACUGCAAGAUCUUUUGCCUUUGUGUACUCAUUUCAGUGGUUCCAAAACCAAAAGGUUUGGUUUGGUUCCUCUGCACCUUCACCUUGUCUCCCCAGGUACUUAGUGACACUAUGAAGGGACUUUCAGAAAAUAAGAGCAUUUUAGGAAGCAAAACAUACGUCCAACCAAACACCUGUGGGUGACUCUCUGUGAUCUGUGAUUGCAUCUUCUAGAAUAUAGUAGUGAAACAACUGUCAUUGCUCUCCUCGUUGCUUGCUUUUUUAGGUUCUCAGCAGGUACAUUUAUAACAGUACGACACAUUGGUAAACACCUCCAGUGAUUGCUGGCUCUGGAACUUCCACAGGGAAACAUGGUACCCAGGCAGGUGAUAAAGCUAUCUCUGUGACUAGUGGUUCCAGGUUAUAUUUGUAGAGGGCAGAGUGGAAUGCAGUAGUAAAUAAAAUUGAUCAAAUUUUUCAUUGUAAUGGUUUUCCAAUGAGAAACGUUUUUGUUUUAGAUCAAAACAAAAAAUGCAUAUGCAAUUUUGCUAGACAUUUUCCUAUUUCCCCACUGUGGGUUUCUUAACAAGCACACUUCAGCUAUAAGUAAACAUUUUGAGUUUCAAAAUGUUUUGGGUCUUUUUUUGUCACAAAACCAAAGAAUAUCAAUGAAAGACGGGAGUUUCACACAGUGUUUCUUUUCAUGCUGUUAGUAGGUCCUUGGAAAGGAAAGGACAAAUAAAAAGAGGAGUGGUGCAACCA